AUGCAGUCCCCUAACUACACGCCUGAUGUCACUGCGCAGUCCCCUAACUACACGCCUGAUGUCACUGCGCAGUCCCCUAACUACACGCCUGAUGUCACUGCGCAGUCCCCUAACUACACGCCUGAUGUCACUGCGCAGUCCCCUAACUACACGCCUGAUGUCACUGCGCAGUCCCCUAACUACACGCCUGAUGUCACUGCGCAGUCCCAUAACUACACGCCUGGCACCCCUGUGCUCUACCCUAACUGCGCGCCUGGAUUCCCUGCGCACUCCAAAACUACACGCCUUGCCUUCUUUGCACUCCCCUAA